GUGAGUCUCAGUCUUUACCUCAUUGUCUUGUUCUCUUGAAGCUAGUGAUCUCGGUAUAGGGUCUUCUUUUUUAUGUUUACAGUCCUUAAGCUAAAAUUCGUAAUUUUGUGUAUAAGAAAUAAUUGGGGGGAAAAAGGGAGCUAAUCUAUUGAAAGACUUUGAGAAAAUAAAACAACAUUCAUGUUUUUGAGUAAAAUAAACAACAACCAAAGAACAUAAUUUUUAAAAAGUGAAAAAAACAACAACACAUAUACAACAUAAUUCCCUCAGUCCUUAAAUUUAAAGUUGCUAGCAGUGGCGUAGCAAUGGAUUUGGGGGCCGGGUAGCUUGGCCUCUUUAGGUACCCGUGCAUUUUGACAUGAGAUAAUGUACUUAAUAAAUAUAGAAGUCUGAUCUGUAUAACAGUGACAAUACUAUCACUAAUUUAAAUAACAACAUGAAGAGCAAGAUAACAUGGGCCACUUCUAAUAUGGAAUUUAAACAAAAAAAUUGAACACUCAUUUGGGGGACCCUCAAGAUGGGGCCUGGGGAAUUUUCAAAUUUUGGACUCCCCCCCCCCCAACUUAGCUACGCCACUUGAUGCUAUUUUGGAUGAAAAAAAUCACAUAAAUAGCAACAAUUAAGAAAUAAUUACUUAAAAAAACAAAACUUGGCUGGCAAAUAUAAAAAAAAUAAAUAAAUAAAAAAAACUAGCUAGAAAUCCAUCUAAUAAACCGUAAGAUCUGAAAGGUGGUACUUUACUUUUUUACUAUAGAUUAAUUAAACCAAGCUAAUGAAUAUAAAUAAAACCGAGAUAUCAAAAAUACAGUAGAACCGGCAAUUGAGACAAGAAAAAAAUUAAAACAUUAAAAUUUAGCAAUAAACUUAAAAAGAGAUUUUGAGACCGAAAAAAAAAAGAACGAGACAUAAAAAACAAAACAGAAAAAAAUCCAAACCAUGGAAUUGAAUUUUUAAAAACACUUACAAAAGUGCAACCCCAAAAAACGCAAAUUAAUCAGUUAAACCGGGGUUGUUCCGUCAACGCUACAAUCUAUGUCAGUCUAGGUUUUUUUUUUUUUGUUUUUUGUGUGUGUUUGUUUUCCUGAAGCUCUCAUUGUUGCUUUCACUCAAUUGGAUUCUGGGAAAAGUUUCGAGAGUUGGAUUUCAUGAAGCUUAACUGUGGACAUACACAAUUCUCCAAUUCUUCAGAGUUUUCUUGUUGUUGUUUUUUUUAUAUUCCCAAUACAAGAGUGAUGUUCUAGAAACGGAUAGCCGACCUUCGAGAGGCUGUUCCUGUUUCAUGUGAAGGUCAAAUUAACCUAUAUGGCGGAUCAGGUUCAAGGUCACUAUGUCAGGUGUGCUUACCAGACGGAAACCCGGAGAGAGUGGCGUCUCUGUCAGGUACACGCCCUGCGCUAAGUCGGAGCUCCAGGCGGACGGGGCCGACGAGCUCGCCCACAAUGAGAUAACCAUCGUCGAGGAGGACUCCAGGGAGGACCUUCAGGAGGACGAGGACGAGGAGGACGAGAGGACAGAGAGCGGUAGCGGCAGCACCGGGAGGCUCUUCCGCACCCACCGCGGGAUCGGCCUUGCCGAGCAGCAGAGGCGACUCGGAGGGAGCAGCAGCGUCGCAGGGGGCUCGGACAGCGGAGGCGGAGAUCGGGCGUGCGAUGAGGUGGGACACAUCUUCUACAACAACGAACACUGCAACGAGCCGGAUGACUUCUACGACGAGGAGAGGUCGAGAUUGAGAGACGGCCCUGAACGAGGGCUCGGAGGGACUUCCUCUGCCGCGCCCUUGUACCUCUCGCGUUCUCCGCAACAUCAGGCUGCGGUCACAGCGAACGGGCCCAGGACUUUACCACCUGGAUCUAUAUUUACUUCUCAAUCGACAUCCACAGAUCGAGUCAAGCUUAUUGGAGAACGUCUGAGUUCCAGUGAUAGAAUCAGCCUAUCAUCUCCCAUCUAUUCAAGCAAGGUGAUCGAGCAGAAAGCCAAGUCAACAUCCAAGCAGAGCCUUCUUGACCUCUUUAGCAGCAGGCUGGAUAGGGUCAAGGUCAACCGCAAGCGCUUCUCCCUAGCGCAGACGUCGCUUAUGAAGAAACCCCGACCGAGUGAUGGAAACAUCAUCGCUCACACCACGCGCACCCAGAGGCGUCAACGGCGGAAAGAGAUCAAACGUGAUUUCGGGAGGAAGAGCAUCAAAGGGGAUAAUCGGAUAGAAACACCAGCCUCCGUUAGCUCGGACAGAGACGGCUGCAACUGGACUUUUGUCUUCGACCCCUCGGGUCGACUUUGCUACUGGUGGUCAAGCGUGGUCAGCGUGGCCUUUCUGUACAAUUUUUGGGUCCUGAUCUACAGGUUUGCUUUCCAGGAGAUAAAUUCAAACAACAUAGCCAUCUGGUUCACUUUGGAUUACACCGCGGACCUGCUUUACAUCCUCGACAUCGCCUUCCACUUCCGGUCGGGCUACUUGGAGGACGGUGUCCUGCAGACGGACCCGACCAAAUUAAGGAUACACUACAUGAACACCACCAUGUUCUAUAUAGACUGCCUGUGUCUCCUUCCCAUCGACUUCCUCUAUCUCAGCAUCGGCUUCUGCUCCAUCCUCCGCUGCUUCCGCCUGGUCAAGGUCUACCGCUUCUGGUCGUUCCUCGACCGUACAGAGCGCCACACCAACUACCCCAACGUGAUACGGACGGCCACGCUCAUCCACUACCUCUUGGCGCUCUUCCACUGGAACGCCUGCCUGUAUUUCAUCCUGGUAUCCAAGAUGGACAAGCUCAGCUCCACGUGGGCGUUCCCUAAGGAUAAAGACACGCUCCUGCAGUACCUGCACGCCCUGUACUGGAGCGUGAGGACGUUGACCACGAUUGGAGAUCCGCCUACACCGAAAUCUCUCUUGGAGUAUCUGUUUGUGAUAUUCGAGCUUCUCUUUGCGUUGCUGCUUUUCGCCACGGUGCUGGGGCACAUCGCCAACAUUGUCACCAACGUGAGCGCUGCCAGAAAGGAAUUUCAGGCGCGCCUUGACGGAGUGAAGACUUACAUGGCUUUGCGUCGGGUGCCUCUCAAGCUUCAAGACCGCGUCAUCAAGUGGUUUGAUUACCUCUGGAUGUGCAAUAAGUCUGCGGAUGAAGAGAAGUCCUUGAGCCUUCUUCCAGACAAACUCAAGGCGGAGAUCGCUAUCCACGUCCAUCUUGACACACUGAAGAGGGUAGAGAUCUUCCAGGCCACUGAGGCAGGCUUCCUCUGCGAGCUAGUUCUCCGGCUCAGGCCGGUACUCUUUUCACCUGGAGAUUACAUUUGCAGAAAAGGUGAGGUGGGCAAGGAGAUGUACAUAGUGAAUCGAGGCCGGCUUCAUGUUGUAGCAGACAAUGGGAAAACUGUUUUGGCCACUCUCAAACCUGGCAGCUAUUUUGGCGAGAUCAGUAUUCUCAACAUGGGUACAGCGGGCAACCGUCGCACGGCAAGUGUCAAGUCUGUGGGCUAUUCCGACCUCUUCUGCCUAUCCAAGAAGGACUUGUGGGACGUUCUAAAGGAGUACCCAGCGGCAAGAGUGAAACUUGAGGCUAUAGCCGUGAAGAGACUGGAAAAAUACAAGAAAGCUCCAUUGGAGAAAGUGUCUAUGUCCAGAAGCAGAAGUACCCCCGGACUGGUGGAAAGUACGGGUAAAACUCCGCUGGACUCAAUGAUCAUGUACCGUCAUCAUACACUACCAGUCAGCCUCCUCCACAAGGAUGGCUCAUCAACAGCCGCUGCUGCCAACAGGGAUGACCACGCCCUAAAGACAUUAACCAACACUCAGAGUGAGGACAACCUCAUCUCCCGGUGUGUCACUGACCAGCCGCGAAGGUUGUCCUCUGACUCGCAGCACCCAGUGGGCAACCUGACCACUUCCAUGACCAUCUCCAGCAUGACUUCCUACUGUGGCACGCCCCCGCAGAAGUCGCCUGUCACCACGGAGGCGGCCAGGAACCCGUUCAGCGCCCCGUCUAGUCCUAAGGUAACGACAUAUCACAUCAGGGAUAACACCGCUGUGGUCAACUCUGCGCCGCUUGUCAACGGGCACGCCACGCUGGGGCAUCUGACACCCCACCAUGGACAGCCGCCCUCACUGGUGCCUGCAGCAGCUCAAUAUGCCUAUCACAACAUGUCAUUUAUCGGGACCGGGCAGCCUAUAAACUUUCUGUCCCCAUUCUGUGCACCUCAAAGCACCUUUCCAGCCUCACCGAACCCGUUUCCGGGAUCACCGGCAAGUUUUCAAAACUCCCCGGCGCCCAGUCUCAUUUUGCCUCAGCCUCCAUCGACGCCAUCCUCCCACGGAGGCCUCCUCUCCCUCGCCGCCACAGCAUCGCCCAUUCCAAGCUACCCUCACUCGCCCUCGCUCCUCCACCACUCCCCACACGGGAUGGUGCCGACGUCGUCUCAGCUCCAGCUGCAGACGCAGUUCUCGUCGGGCCUAAUACACUCCCCGCACUCUCCGCUUCCAGCGCGGGAGAGGGAGCCCAGCCCGUCAGACACGCUUCUCAAGGAGAUUACUCGUCUUCGAGAGCGACUGGCGCAGCUGGAGGGAGAAAACUCUGCCUUGACAGUCAAACUGAACCAGCAGCAGUGGGACGUAGAGUCAAGGCUGACGGAGCUAGAGAUGCACAUUUGCCAGAGCGAUAGCGUGGCCAGCACAGACUUUGAUGGCGAAAGCCUCAGGCAGGACUCCAAAUCUACGCCGCCCACUGUAAAUAGGGAAUCUAUAAUUUAAAACGUUUUAUAUAUAGAGAAAAACAAAUUAUGCCAACGCAAGACAGCUGAUAUUUAUUCAACUCAGAUUCCGAAACCAAAAGAAAAAAAUCGUAACUAUAUUUUUAUUCGGAACGAAAGAUUCUUUGCCCGGGAUGAAAAUGUGCUGCAAAAAGAGAAGGUGUCUGAGAUUGUUGAACAGGCACAGUAACGUCAGCACAUCUACGUGACCAGAGCUAAGUAGCCACACCGGAUAACCAUCCAAACAUCUGCCCCAGUGAGAGCAGAAGACCAUUACCAGAAGCUGGAUAUCAAUUAAAGUGCUACAACCUGAUGAAUAUUUUUUUUAACGAUUUUAUUCAAAUAUCGAUAAUUUUGAACUAAUCGUUAGUCGUUUGUUUUUUUCAAAGAAUCCUUUCUUAUGAAAGUUAAUUUUGUUGACCUUUGUUUUAUACUAUUCAGAACUGGAAUAUUUAUUUUAUUUUUUUGGUAUUUUGUUUUGUUUUCAAGCAUGUGUUCAUUAUGUUGACAACUCUCAACUUGGACUUCAAUUGUGAUAUUGCUGAAGAAUUGUUUCGCAAAUAAGAUGAUAGCAAUUUGACUUCAAAAUUAUCUACUCCUGAUUCUUGUACAUGUUUAAAGGAGAUGGUGAGAUUUGUGGAUGGAUAGCCCACUUCAAUUCUGUUUUAAGAAAUGUUUCUUUUUAAUUACUAUUUUUUACAAUUAGAAAGAAACGAAUGUAAGAGCUACCUUUUUUAAAAGUGUAAUCGUAUGUUUAGAAUUAUUGUAUUGAUCUGCAGAACCUGCAUCCAGUAUUCUGAAUAAGAACACAGAUUCAAAGAACUAAUAUUGGUGGAUAUUCAUUACAAUAUAGAUCGGCAGUUUCCCCUCAGAAGUAACAAUAACUUUUAUAUUCAGGAGGAUUUACUUCCCUUGUAGAUGUAUCCUAAAUUUAGACUUUAGUUUAUUUAUUUAUUUAUUUUUUAUGUAUUUAAAUGUACUUCUUUUUCUUUUCUUUUUUCUCUCUUAUUUUCUGAGACUCAGAAUUGACGAAGUCUUAUGUCUUUAUUGGAAAUAUUGCUAAAGAUGAUUUGAGUGUAUUUAUUUAUCUUUUAACAUCAAUACUCUCAAGGUGCUUUAAAACAAAGGUCAGGAAUAGAAUAUUUGAUUCACAUGUUGAUAACUAUGUUAGUGUCAGUCACUUUUAUUUGAAAGUCUAAUAGAUAAAGCCAUUUAGAUUGUAUGAGAUUGCAUACUUCUAGUGAUGUCUAGUGAGAGAUUCUUAUCAUAAGGUCGUGUAGUAUGACUGUCGUUGGAGUGGUCUCGAUGGUCCCGAGUUGAUAUCCAGUCAUCCUGCGAGAGGUUUGGGCCAGGAUAAAAUUAUCUUCAAAUUAAAAGAACAAUUGAAACGUUUAAAACUCUUCCCAAACUAAUUGGUCAAACAAACAAAACAGCGACAGGUCUUCCAUAAAGUAGAGACAGCUCUACUAUUAUUAAGGGACAUAUUUACCAUAGAGUAUGGACAAGUCAACCUUUUUAAAAAAACGAAAUAUAUAUAAAAAUAAAAUCUUUUAAUUUGCUAGUUUCUGAAUGUAACUUUUAUAGACCCAUUGAAUUUUGAAUUCGCUGCUACUUUGACUUUUCUAUUUUUCUCAGAAGUAUCUGUAAUAAGGAGGGACAGUUCUACAGACCACACCGCCCACGAGAUAAAAAUAUAUUCGAAUUUCGACGGGUCAGAAACUUUAACGGGUUUUUUUUUAUCUAUCUUUUUCGCAUUUUUGUCCUUUCUGUGCCAAACGCAGCAUAAAUACUAAA